CUCAUCCUCGCUGUUUAUCCGUGCAGUGGAACUUGUUUCAGUGGAGUGUCGGACUGUUGGCAGUUCCACUCCUUGUCACCGGGACUGACCUUAUACUUUGUUCCGGUACACAUUCCUAUCGCGGCUUUAUUUCAACACCAGGUUUAACAGGAUUUUUCCUCUUGGUGAUUGUUUUUUUUAGUGCCAUGGAGGAAGUGUGGAAGACAUAACACUGAGAAUAAUAAAGCAGAAGUCUGAACGAACGAGUAUCUCCUCAUGUUUCUGAGCUCCAGGGAGAGCGUUCCUCCCCUGGCCUGUCAUGGAUCUUCUGGUGUAGCCCAAGCCAGGCAUGACUGUUACCCCUAAAAAUCCAGCACUCUGCUUGCUUCUUCUUUAAAUCACGACACGAGUCCCAGAUCUGGUCCGAUGCAGAUGGAUGAGGUCGAAGGCAUACGGGUGAAGCUCUUCUCUGAAGACGCAGUGUCUCUGGCUCCGUCCUUGGCUGAAUCCAUUAACCUUGAAGAUGGCCAUUAUACUCAGCUGCGAUUGGAGUUGGAGUCUGACGCCCAGAACCUGGAGGCAGACUCCUGGAGCAUGGCUGUGGACCAGAACUACAUGAAGGCUCUGCACAAAGAGGCCAUCAAAAGACAAGAUGUCAUUUAUGAGCUAAUCCAGACGGAGAUGCAUCACGUCCGCACCUUGAAGAUCCUCCUGUGUGUGUACAUCCAUGAGCUGAAGCAGUCUGCAUUAAUAGAGGAAGGCCGACUGGAAUCCCUCUUCCCUGGAGUGGACGCCCUGCUCUCACUCCACCAGCAUUUUCUGAACAGUCUCAAAACACGACAAACCCAAAGUCAGGAAGAGGGAACCCCCAAUAAGUAUCAGAUUACGCAGCUGGGGGACAUUCUCAUUGCUCAGUUUUCAGGUACACUGGGAGAGGGGAUGAAAGAGUGGUACAGUAUCUUCUGCAGCCAUCACACUCAAUCUGUGAGUUUCUACAAAGAGCAGCUGCAGAACAGCAAGAAGCUGCAGAACCUCAUCAGAAAAAUAGGCCAGCUGCCUCUAGUAAGAAGGCUGGGAAUCCCUGAGUGUUUUCUAUUGGUGACUCAGCGUAUCACCAAAUAUCCUGUCCUGGUUGAGCGAAUCAUCCAAAACACUGAAGCUGAUACGGACGAGUACAAGUCUCUGGUUCAGGGUUUGGCGCUGAUCAAAGACACCAUCUCCCAGGUGAACGCUCAGGUCAGUGAAUAUGAGAAAGCCGCCCGUCUCCGAGAGAUCUGCUCGCGUCUCGAACCUAAAUCUCAGGGCCGGAUUAUGGGCGAGCGAUUCCUCCGCAGAGAGGAACUGAUGCAAAACAACCGUACGCUGCUGCACGAAGGAGCUCUCAUGUGGAAGUCCUCAGGGAGACAGAAAGACAUUCAUGCUGUGCUGUUGUCAGACGUGCUCCUCCUCUUACAAGAGAAAGAUCAGAAGCUUGUAUUUGCUGCUGUGGAUAACAAGCCACCGGUGAUCUCUCUCCGAGGCCUGAUUGUCAGGGAAGUGGCUCAUGAAGACAAAGCCAUGUACCUUAUCUGUGCGUGCACCUCCAACAUGUACGAGAUCCACACAGGUUCCAGAAACGACUGCAUUACCUGGACCACACUCAUAAGGGAGGCGGUCAACUGCUUUACAGAGGAAGAGGAGCAGUAUAGUGAACAGACUACUGUAUUUCAACAGUAUCAAGAUAGUCUAAAGGAGAGAGAUGAGCAGAUAAAGCAAAGCCUUGAGGAGAAGCAGCAGCUCAUUGUGGAGCUCUAUGAGACGGUGACAGGGCGGGAAAGUUCCCACAGAGGGUUACUGCUCCGAGGAGACGCCUCUGACCUCCAGCAGGGGGAGACACUGCUCAGAGGAGCCAUCAAUGAAGUGGAGAAUGUGCAGGGCCUACUCAUGAUGAGAAUAAAAAAAACCCAGAUCCCCCAGAGGACUGAAGGAGGGGCUGACGGUAACCCCACAGCCAACGCUCUGAAAAAUGGAGAUCCAGUGGAUCGGCCCGGCAGCAGCGAGGUCAGCGUCAUGUCUGGCACUCACAUAAACCCAGACCAUCAGCUCCAAGAGAUCUACUACUCUGAGAGCGUGGAACAGUCUGCUGAUGGUGAUGUUGAUGAGGACGACGACGAUGAUGAUGACGAUGAUGACACACAAAUGCCACAGUGCAGUCUGUCCUCCACUAAUCAGAUCCCUGAUGACGAGGUGUGUGAUAGGGUGAUACUACUGGCACAAAGGCUCUACAGUUUACAAGCCAUCAUCGCUCAGCAGGACAGCCAGAUCGUGCUUCAGCAGGCUUCACAGUCCAAGAGUAAACGUGUCGCCCGUCACUACAGCAGCGCUCUGCUAGAGCAGGAGAAUCAGCGCAACACGGAGAAGCAGAAGCAGGAGCUGGCAAAUCUGCACAAAAUGCAGGCCCAGCAGCGAGAGGAGCAGCAGCGCUGGGAGAAGGACAAGGAGCGACAGAGGAUCCAGAUGGAGACUCUGGAGGCCGAGGUUCGUCAGAGGGAGGAGGAGUGCAGGAGGCGGGAGGAGAAGCUCAACGAGGAGAAGGCAGAGCUAGAGAGGCAGAAGGAGAACUAUCAGCACGACCUGGAGAGGCUGAGGGAGUCUCUGAGAGGCGUGGAGAAGGAGGAGGAGCGGCAGACUCAGGAACGAGAGCGACUGGAGAAGAUCAAAAGAAACACCAGCUUCUUGAAGCCAGGACUCUCUAAUCCUGACGAUCACAAAAAACACCUGAGUCUGUCCAGUUUCCCGUCGUUCAGAGGCAGCGGAGUUAACGGCACUGCGACUCCCAAUCCCUACGUCCUGCCCAGUGUAACCGCGUCGGACCCCAAGGAAAUCCCCCCAAAGGUUCCACCACGCAGAGAGAGCAUCAGCCCACAGGUGGUCAAACAGGAAGUGCCCAUCCACCUGAUCAGCACCACCAACCAGGUGCUGAAACCUGCAGUCGUGCAGCAGCAGAUUCCCACCAAACUCGCCACUCUGGGCAAGGGCAAAGAGAAAGGAUUCAAGAGCAAAGGGUCCCAUCAGAGAACCAACAGCGCAGCCUCUAUAGACGUGAACCAGGUGCUGCCGAUCAGAGUCACUGGGAAGGAAGGAGGCAGUCUACGAGCCAAAAGGACCAGCAGUCCUCCAAGAAUCUACCAGUCAGAUCUGUUCAAGCCGUCAGAAACUGUUCCCAACGUGAAGCCGUCUCCAUCCUUCAUCUCACACAAGAGGAGCCACAGUGACGCUCCUCCACCCGUCCCACCUCCUUUUCCCAAAGACGUUCUUGAAACGAGCAAAGAAAAGGUCAUCUUCCUCUGACGAUGAACUGCACACUGCAGAGUAAAGCCUCGAACGGAUGGACUGACAGACAGAGCUGGACAGAUGUACACAAGUCAGAGACAUUUUAAUCUGCUCAGCCUGAGGAGACGGUGUUUUUCUAAACAUAUGCACAUGGAUGAAAUGAAGCAUCAGAACCUCUGACAGGAAGACUAUUUUUAAGCUUUUAAAGAUUUUCUGUUUUUACCGAAUACUUUUUGAAGAAUUGAUUCAUUAUUUUAAAUGAACUAGGUUGUCUUUAACCAUGUAGCACUCGUGUCUUAACUCCUGACCUGAGAUCGGAUCGAAUAAUGUGCUGAUGAAGGUGUAAGGAGGCUCCAGGUGCCAAACACAAACACAGGCUUUUAUUUUAUUUGACCUGUGGAUCUGCUCCUUAGUAUCUGAUGAAAAUAUAACCAGGACAUGUGAAGAAAAAAACUGGAUUACUUUCCUGUCAUUGUAUUGGAUGAUGAGCAGCUGUGGUUUGUGUUUGAGUUUACAAUCAGACAAUGAUGUUAGAAGAAUGAAACGGCUUCAGGUAAAACACACUGUUCAGUCCUGGUGUAUGAAAAGUGUAAAUAAUGUUACGGUGAUUCCUUUCAGGAGAAACAACUGGGUACUAAACUUUUUCUUCCAUUUAAAACAUUGCACAAAUAACAGAUAAUGGAAUAAAAAGAUGGUUGAUUUUACUGUGA